AUGGAUCACCCAUCAAUUUUUCUCAGUUUAGCGCUAUCGAGUGGUGGAUACCUCGGGUAUCAAAAGAAAGGGUCAAGGAUGUCGUUAAUUGCCGGUAUUGUACUUGGUAUCAGUUUUGCCAUUGCUGCAUACUUGAUCCGUACAUUUGAUCGUACGGGGGUUAAAGUUGCAUUGUAUUCGUCUUUGGUUUUAUAA